UUUGCAGCAAACACACAAGCACACGCACGCACCCCAUCCCUUCGAUCAAUCUUUCCUCAGGUAAAAUCUUUUGUCUGUCAUUAGGUUAAUCCUGAGUGAGGAGCUCCUGAGUGCCGAAAGGACACCUGCCGCCGAAAAGGGGGGACUGAGUUUUGUAUUUGACUUACGACACUUUAUAUAAAUUAAUUUCACAAACAAGGAACUUGCAAGUUAAUGGAUGCUGUUAAAAAGACAAUUGCAAGCUCCUGGUCCUGGUCUGGGUGUGUGUUUACAUCCCGAGGGAGGCGCGGCGCCGCACGUCACUAGCCCCAUAAAACACCCACGAAGAAGAAGAAGAAGCCUAACUAGCCCCAUAAAACACCCACGAAGAAGGAUCUGUAUCCAAAUGCUCGCCGCCGCCCUCGCCAGCGUCAGGAAGCUGCUGGGCGUGCACACACCCGCCAGGCACGCACCCAAGCGGCCCCUGGACCAAGAAAGUGAGGAAGAGUAUGAAGAAACCACCUAUGCCUCUGAGCCCCAGCAGAAGAGGAGAUGCACAGAACUGGACCUGCCAGCCCCAACACCCACUACCAGUAAUCCCGCGGUGCAGCGCUUCCCGUGGUUCACCUUGAAGGGUGCCGAGUCCACAUUCGCCAGCAAGAUGAGUUCCCGGAGUAAGAAAAGUGAGACAGAUGCAGCCGAGGUCAUCGUCGUGGAGGAGUCGGUGCAGGGCGGAAGGCAUCAGCGAGGUCCAGGCACCACACGCGUCCGCGCUGCCCUCCUGGCUGAAGAGGAGGAUGCCUCUAAGGUCUUGGGCAGAAACCAGGCGAGAAAGUUGUGCGAGCUGGCAACUUGCCGCCCGCCUCUACCCCACAGCACCUUGGCAGACUUCCGUUUUGUCCCGAGCACCAAACAAGUCAAGGACCAGGAGGCUGUCAGGCUGGGGAGCGAGAAUUCUAACUUGUCAAGGAGUUCCCAGAGCCAGAAGAAGCCCAUGUCCAGCAAGGCUCCCACAGACUUCAAGGGCUACUUGGACAGGCUCUGGAAAAAGAAAUCGUCAAGCUUCUUGUCUUCAAGGAUAAAACACUCGAUGGUUCAGAAGAGUUUCCGCCACGAGGAGAAGAUGAGGUACCGGCAGCUGCUGCAGCAGUACACUGAGCAUUGCUUGGCCCCCGGCUCCAGGACUCCCUCGCACCAAGUUUCAAGUUCCCUUUCGAGCCCGGUGGGAAUGGUGACCCGCUCCCGGAUGUCGCCUCUCUGGACCAAGCAGAAGCAGGAUCUCCUUGAAAAUGCAUCAGGGGAAGCAUCCCCUGUGAGGGUGUUGUCAUAUGCAGGCAGUGCAGGGUUUACAGAAUUAUUCAAGACCAGCGGCAUGGCUGAGAAGGAAGAGGCCCUGGGAAGACACCCUGCACAGGGGGCGGUCGGCCCUGCCAGGGUGCCACUGGUGGAUCUCUCCAAGGAGGACAGUGAAGACACCUUUGCGAGUGCCAAUGAGUCAGACAGCGAUAGCGUUAUUGUGGUCAAGGAAGUCCUCUCACCGGCAGCCCACAGGAACUCCCUCGAAGAGAGGCUCAAAGAACAUGCAGUCUAUGAUCUGGACUGGGUCAAGUCCAUGAGGAAGGAUUACGAGGAGAGAGUACAGGCCUCUGCCCAAGAUGUUGACGUCACCUUAAAAGUGAUCCAGGAUCUUGAGGAGCGGCGGAGCAGGAGAGCGUCGCUGGACGAGAAGGUGACGCGACAGCUGCAGCACCUGGACCUCACCUUCCCCUCCGAGUACUCUGAGCUGCCGGAUGAGGAGGAGGAGGCCUUCAUCCCGCUCACCCCAGAGAUGGAGAGUGAGGUUGACAAUGCCUUGAAGAGGACUCCGGCGUCGGAGGUGCUCAUUGAAAAGUUUCGCCUUAGGAUCACGCGGCGAGACAUUGCAACACUGGCCGGACUCCACUGGCUCAACGAUGAGGUCAUCAACUUUUACAUGAAUCUCAUAAUGGAGCGAGGUCAGAAGGACAACUACCCCGCCGUGUACGCCUUCAGCACCUUCUUUUACCCUAAGCUGUCCAAGGACGGGUACCAGUCUGUGCGCCGCUGGACCAAGAAGGUGGACAUCUUCAGCUAUGACAUGCUUCUGGUUCCCAUCCACCUCGGGAUGCACUGGUGCAUGGCCCACGUGGACUUCAAGAUGAGGUGCAUCAGCUACUACGACUCCAUGCUCGGCAGCAACGAGUUGUGUCUGCGGUUGUUGAUGGAGUAUCUUGAGGCAGAGCACCAGGACAAGAAGGGUUCCCCGUACAGCACGAGUGACUGGAAACUGGAGAACAAGAAGAAAAUCCCGCAGCAGAUGAACGGGUCGGACUGUGGAAUGUUUGCAUGCAAGUUUGCGGAGUACCUGUCAAGGCGUGCUCGCAUCAUCUUUGACCAGGAGCACAUGCCAUACUUCAGGAGGAGAAUGGUCUAUGAAAUCAUCAACGGGAGACUCCUCUAGGUUUGGUCAUGGGAGAAGAGGUGAGGCAAGGUUGUCAGCUCCUGCAGCACGACACACAAGGCUGCACAGUGAUGGAUGGUGCCUACAGGAGUCCAGUCACUUGGCCCACAGAGGAGCUCCUGGGAACCAAAUAUUCAUGCUCUGCCACCCCUGCACAGAGACCUACCCAGCCUCCAUGGCCUGAAUGCUGGUGAUGAUGAUGAUGACGAUGAUGAUAACACACACACACACACACACUCUCUCUCUCUCUCUCUCUCUCUUUCAAAAUAAUUUUACAUACAAGAGAGAGAGAGAGAGAGAGAGAGAGAGAGAGAGAGAGAGAGAGAGAGAGAGAGAGAGAGAGAGAGAGAGAGAGAGAGAGAGAGAGAGAGAGAGAGAGUUUUCUUAAAUUAGCAUAAUUCAAACCCUGUGCUCUGUACUUGAAGUAACUCAUUGUGGGGAUUGCAUAACAUUCAUACAUGUGAAUAUAGACAUAACAAGAACUCUCCAAGUCAAGCACUGUGUAAUGCCUUAGUGUGUGUUUCGCUGGAGGGGGCAGCGGUGAGGCCGUUUUCUUCCUUCGUUUCUUGUGCUACACUUCUGAACAGACUUUGAAGGAAAACGCCGUGCAUAGGAUUGUAUGCAUGUUGAAGGCUGCCCCUCCAGGUGUGUGGUAUGCUGGAUUCAGGAAUUACCCUAACCACCUAGGAAAAUAGUAGUAGGUAGUAGUAGCUAGUAGGAGGGUAGGAAAUCCACUUGUUUGACAUUUCAUUUUUUCAACAUUUAUGUAAAGAUACCACUUUUUGUUAAUUUGACAUGCAGUCCCUGCCAUUUUGACAUUUCACUUUUCAAAUUGCAUACCAUACUUUUGCUCUGCUGCCAGCUGGCUGAUCUGACUGGCCAUAUGCCUCCUCUCCUGUCCUCUGUACCUUCAUCCACUUGUUCAGGCUCCCUGGUCACCAUCGUCAGACAAUGACAAAAGAUCGCCGUAACCAUCUUGAGUGAAGGCUUACCUUCUUUGCAAUGACACUGUAACGGGGGCAUGGCGGGAUGAGGAGCUGGAAAGUUCCUCUCCCUACUGACAAGAUUAGUUUAUGCUUUCUAUUGAGAUAACUUUGGUGAUAUAAGUGUGAACUUUGCACAGCUGGAUCAGUUGAUGCACUACCAAAAUGACAGCCCCCACAACAUUCCUGCAGUGACUGCAGCUUAUCUUGGCUAGUGAGCUUGCAGGCAACCCUGUUAUUGAAGCUGCCAUAAGUGAGGCAGGACAAAACAGGAUGUCUUUGACAGUGGCAAAAAUUAAAUGCCACUGUCCACACUCAGAUAUCUAGGGUUGCUGCUGUAUUUUCUUGCCUGCCAUCUUUGACUUACAAUUACGCUUGCCAGUGGCUAGAGCCAAGGUCCUGUUAGUCACUGAUGGUCCUGUGCGAGGCAGUUUUGUGUAGGCUGGAGGCUACCCCGGCCUUGCCCAUUCAAUGGAAGUGGCCAAACUACUAAAACUGCAAUCCAGCCAGCCUGGGGCAGAUCCUGCUUGAAGCUUCAACACAACAAAUGCCAGGAGGGUGGGCAGGCCUAAGGUUGACACUCAGGCUGGUGCUGCACUCCACCUCCCUGGCCUGUGAGACUUGUGUCACUAUAUUGUGCUACAAGUCACGGCAAGGUGGCGGCGGUGUCAGGCAAUUGGCUCAGCAAAUGACUUUCACUUGAGCGUGGUCCAGGUGAAGGGAGUCCCACAAAGCAGCUGCCAGGUACCUCCUAGAGGCAUUAAAAAUAUUAGUAAUUUUCCUUUUUAUUGGAUUUUUCUUGAGUCAAGGCAGUCAGGAACCUAAUCCUUCCUUAUUUAUAAAUAACACUGGGAAAAUAGGUUCGUUAUUUGACUAUUUUCUAGGGAACACAACCCUGUGGAAUGACAGUGGGUUCCUGUUGUAGUAGUAGUAGUAGUAGUAGUAGUAUAGUAGUAGUAGUAGUAGUAGUAGUAGUUAUAGUAGUAGUAGCAGUAGUAGGAAACCCUAGAAAAGUUGCUUCCAUGUUAAACCUGAAGUCAUGCACUCGUUAAAAGUGUUGCUUUGAUGUAAAUCCAUGUGUCGGUUUCCUCUUGAGGCAGCCGCUCUCAGUAGUCCAAACAAGUAGCUUUAGCGCCUCUGUGAGCAUGUUCUGUGCAGGGAAGUAUUCAUCCUUCUAGGCUUACACUGAUCUAUUUAUAGCACUGGUUAGGAUGAGCCUCUACACAAACCUAAACUAAUCUAUUUUGUAAUAUCUUGAGUGCUAUGAGAUCAUACCUUCCUUGUGUCCCAUGUAAAGUCUGACUAAACUAUUGUGCAGAGAAAGUGUUAUAUCUUUGUACUGGAAUAAAAACAAUUUCUAUC